UCAAUAUGCAAGUAUCGAUCUACUCAAUGAUAUCUCUUGUGUGUAUAAAUUGAAAUUUAGAUUAAAGAAAAAAAAUUUAUAUUAAAGAAAUAUUUAUUAUAUAUAUAUAUAAUCGAUAAUAUAAUCUUUAAGUUUAAAAUAUACAAUGGAAACUAUAUUAGAACAACAACGACGUUAUCAUGAAGAAAGAGAACGUUUGAUGGACGCUAUGGUGAAGGAAAUGCUUUAUAAAAAGCCAGGGCAUCGUGAAAAUAUAAAUUCUGAACAUAGAUUAAAGAUGUUGUUAGAUCAGUAUAUGGAUAGUACUGCAAAUUUACAAGAUUUGUACGAAGAUAAAGAUGGUCAAAGAAAAGAGGAGGUACAAGCACUUUCAGGUCCUAAUGAAUUCUCAGAAUUUUAUUCUCGCUUAAAAUCUAUUAAAGAAUUCUAUCGUAGACAUCCAAAUGAAAUUAGUGUACCCAUGUCUGUUGAAUUUGAAGAAUUAGCCAAAAUGAGAGAAAAUCCUACAGAGGAAUUAUCUAAUCUUGUAGAGUUUACUGACGAAGAAGGUUAUGGAAAAUAUUUAGAUCUUCAUGAAUGUUAUGAAAAAUAUAUUAAUCUCAAAGGAAUUGAAAAGGUUGAUUACAUCACUUAUUUGUCUACGUUUGAUCACUUAUUUGAUAUUCCAAGAGAAAGAAAAAAUGCUGAAUACACCAGAUAUGUCGAAGCUCUUUUAUCAUAUUUGGUUGAUUAUUUAAGCAGAGUUAGACCUUUGCUGGACAUAAAUGCAGAAAUUGAGGAAGCUAACAAAGAUUAUGAAACACAGUGGGAAAAUAAUACUUUUCCAGGAUGGCCAAAGGAAACUGGAAGUGCUUUGACACACGUUGGAGCUCAUUUGGAACUAUCUGCUUUUUCAUCUUGGGAAGAACUUGCAUCCCUUGGAUUAGAUAGAUUAAAAUCUGCAUUAAUGGCUUUAGGCUUAAAAUGCGGAGGUACUUUAGAAGAAAGAGCCCAAAGACUUUUUAGUACAAAGGGUGAAGCUUCUCUUGAUCCUAAUUUAUUAGCUAAAAAUAAAAACAGAAAGUCUGGUAAAGGAAAAGAUACUGAGAAACAGAAAGAGAUUGCAAGGUUAGAAUCUCAUGUUUAUAGACUCGCUGAAUUGGUAUCUAGUCAAAGAGUAGCUACAAAAGAAAAUGUACAAAGGAAACAGGCUAGAACAGAAGGUGAACGAGGUGAUUCGGAUGCAGAAGCAAGUGCAAGCGAAUCCGAAGAAGAAGAUGAUAAUGAAGUACCUUAUAAUCCUAAAAACUUACCUCUUGGAUGGGACGGUAAACCUAUACCAUAUUGGUUAUAUAAACUACAUGGUCUUAAUAUUAGUUACAAUUGUGAAAUCUGUGGAAAUUUCACGUAUAAAGGACCAAAAGCUUUUCAAAGACAUUUUGCAGAAUGGAGGCAUGCUCAUGGUAUGCGUUGUCUUGGUAUUCCAAAUACCGCACAUUUUGCUAAUGUAACUCAAAUAGAAGAUGCUCUUGCUUUGUGGGAAAAACUUAAAACGCAAAAACAAGCUGAACGGUGGCAACCAGAACAAGAAGAAGAAUUCGAAGAUUCGCUUGGCAAUGUGGUCAAUCGUAAAACUUAUGAAGAUCUUAAAAGACAAGGCUUGCUAUAAAACAUCAAAGUAGAAGUUUAUAUAAUUAAUAUUAUCUAUAUAAAAAGAAGGUUUGCACAUAAUCGAUAAAAUAAGUUUAAUAAAAAAUAUGAUAUACAAACUAAA